UCACUUCCCACUCGACUCGCACCCUCGAUACAUUUCAACACCUCUUCCAGUCGCACAGCGACUGACGCGUAUCACCCUUCAACAUGCCUCCACGCGCGGCAAAGCUCAAAAGGCUCGACUUUAACGAAAAGCUCGUUCAGUCGGGCAAGGGUGCUGGCGCAGACGGCCUCCUCAAGCGACUCAAGACACUGCAUAUCGCGCUCAAGGGACUCGAGCAGGAUGGUACAGACAUCAAGAGCCUAGACGCGGUCCGCAAGCAGCUCAUCAACCCCGUCAUCCUCCACCACAAGGACCGUGGAGUCAAGGCGUACGCUGCCUGCUGCCUCGCCGACAUCCUCCGCCUCUACGCCCCCGACGCAGAGUACAGCGAGGAAGAGCUGCGUGACAUCUUCCAGUUCUUCAUCGUCCAGAUCACCCAGAAUCUCAAGUACACGCCCAACACGACGCGUCCUCUCGCCCCAAGCAAGAAAUCCAACGCGAAUGCGGACAACCAGACCACGCUCACUGGUGGGCGCAUCACUGAGAUCCCCUACUACAACGAGUAUGUGUAUCUCCUCGACAGCCUGGCGACGAUCAAGAGUAUCGUCCUCAUCUGCGACCUGCCUGGUGCCGACGACCUGAUCACGACCUACUUCGAGUCGUUUGUGGACAUUGUGCGACCCGACAUGAGCAAGAACCUCAUUCGCCACUUGAGUAGCAUCCUCACCGAGGUGCUCAACGAGACCGAAUCUGUCCCAUCAGGAGUCAUGGAGAGCAUCUUCAGCCAGUUUGAAACACACGGCUCAACACCAGACAACCUCUCAUUCCAGCUCGUCGUCGACGUCUGCAACAGGAGCGCGCUCAAACUGCAGCGACCAGUGUAUGCGCACUUUUCGGAGAUCCAGCUCCAGCACGGCCGCGACCCUUCCCCGUCCGACGUUACCGUCCUGCAAGACUCGCACAAGGUCUUGCUAGCCAUCUUCCGCAACGCCCCGACCCUCUUGAUGAACGUCAUCCCGUUACUGGAGGAGAACCUUCGAGCUGCCGACGAGGUCCCUCUUCGUCGCCUAUCGACCGAGACCCUCGGCAUCAUGUUUGCCGAGAGGCCAGUGGUCUCUGGCGGUGUUGUCGACAUUGCCAGGGGCUACCCAUCCACAUGGCGUGCCUGGCUGGGCCGCAAGGUCGACAAGGCGCUCGCUGUACGUCUCGCGUGGGUGGAGGCCGCAGGCGGCAUCUUGGUCCAUCAGUCCAACGCGCGCGAGGAGCUCGAGAACGACCUCAUCGACCGAAUCCAGGACUCGGAGGAGAAGGUUCGAGCGGCCAUCUGCAAGGUGGUCGGGUCUGUCGACUACGAGACGGCUCUUCGGAAUGUCAGCCUCCGCCUGCUGGAGGCUGUCUCGGGCCGCAUGAGCGACAAGAAGGCUUCCGUGCACACCGAGGCCAUCAACGCCCUUGGACGGCUCUGGCACUUGGCCUCGUCGGAAAUCGAAGCUGGAAGCGAGGAAGCGAUCACCCACUUUGGCUGGAUCCCUUAUGAGAUGCUCCUGGUGCUGUUCCGCAAGGAUGCCACUCCAGAGCUCAAGUCACACAUCGUCUCCGGGUUCAAGACGCACAUUGUUCCGCUUCCUGCCAAGCCGGAUGACGAGCAGGCCUGGGUCGACCGCUUCCUACUUGUCGCCUCGCACCUCGACACGUCCCUAAGAAGUACUGUUGAUGGCGCCGACACCAGAACUGAUGGUGGCCUUGACGAGAACGCGUUGAAGAGUCUCGAUAACAUGACGGGUCUUGUGGGCUAUGCUCGCGGUGGCUCACCCUACGGCGCCUACAUCGACCUCUGCGAAGCGCACAACGGCGGCGUGAACGAGUCGAAGGCAUCCGACAAUGUCAAGGACAAGCUGAACUACGUGAUCGACAUUAUCAGCCACAAGCUCUUUGGUGAGCCUGAGAAGGCUCGCAAGGAUCUGGAGAAGUUCGCGGAUGUGAACGAGCCCCGCCUGUACAAGCUGUUCAAGGCGCUCGUGUCGCGCGACUCCGACCUGCGUGCCAUUGUCAAGGCGAAGAAUGAGCUGCUUCGCCGCAUCGAGCAGUCUCACACCAGCAUCCUGGAGACGUUUACCACGCUCAUUGACGCUGCGGCAUGGAACGUGAUCAACCUCUCGAGCAUUGGGCCACUCCUCAAGCGCCUGGGGAAGGCUGAUGGCCCUCGAUCAGUCCAGAUCAAGACCGUGGCUGCUCGCUACCUUGCUCUGAUUGCCAAGGAGUGUGCGCCAAUGUACCACACCCACGUCGCCACCCUCUCCGUGUCUCUUGUGGACAAGAAGAACGACAAGGUCGUGGAGAUUGCCAUGCAGGGCAUUGCCGCACUCACCAAGUGGGACAAGUCUGCUGGCCCAUCCGACAAGAAGACUCUUGAGAGGGCCCAGAAGCUUGCUGUCUCUGGCACGCCUCGGCAAGCAAAGUUUGCCGCGCGCUUCAUUGCGUACUGCAGCGAGGAGCUGGCCGCUACUGAGCUGGUCGACUCCAUCUGGGACGGUCUCCAGGAGAAUGACGACGAAACCAUCUUGCCGCUACUCAAGGCUAGCAGCGAGCUCGCACUCUCCGUGCCAGUCGCCUUUGAGACGAAGACGGCCGAGAUCAUCUCCUUCAUCUUGAACGAGGUCAUGCUGCGCCCUUCAACGUCAGAGGAGGACGAUGAUGGGCAGUGGGUCUCUGAGGACGAACUUGACACUCUUGAUCGUGCCAAGCUCCUGGGCAUGCGUGUCUGCACUCACCGACUCAUUGGCUGGGGGCGUGAGCGCAAUGCAGUCGAGCUGAUCGGCCCCACCGUCAACCUUUUGUCCCAAGUCCUCCAGAACGAGGGCAGAGUAAGCGAUGACUCGAACGAGGGUGGACGUACACGGUGCCACAUGCGCCUGCGAGCGGCUUUCUGCAUCAUCAAGCUGGCACAUGUUCGAGCGUUUGACAAGGCGAUUUCGAACGAGUUCCCCAGCAUCGCUGAAAUCAUGCAAGACGAAAACUUUGGGGUUCGCAACGGCAUGCUUCGAAAGCUUGCCGAUGUCCUCCGCCCCCAACGACUCUUGCCCAAGUGGAAUGUGCUUCCCGUGCUUGUGGCCGCGGACCCAGAGCCGGAGAACGUUGCGCUUGGACGGAGCAUCAUGCUGGGGGUCGUUCGCAGCUGCGCUAGCCUUGCCGCCGAUGUUCGAAUUGACCGUGUGGAGAUGCCGCUGGCCCGUCUGUUGAGGUUGCUGGCGGGACAUCCGUCUCUGCACCCCGACGAGGGUAACGAGGCUGGGUUGAGAAUGACUGGGCAGUUCAUCGAAAUGUUCCUCGAUUGUGUCGCCAGACGAGACAAUGUCUCGCUGUUGUUCACGAUUGCGAACAAGCUCAAGACUGUCUGUGUGAUCGGCGAGGACAUUGACGACGACAAGUUGAGACUAUUCGCCGAUUGUGCCAACCAGCGUGCCACGGCCGACUCUGACGACGAGACGGAAUGGGAGCGGGAAGCGGCAUUGUCUCCCAGCAUUAACCUGUGGAAGUUGAGCGAGAUGACUCAAAUCUUGAUUCGCGGACGGGCGCACCAUCACCAAUGGCCUCUCCCACUCUUCCCCGGCAAGAUUAGACUGCCAAGUGACAUCUUCAACAACCUGCCGUCUCCACAAAUUGCCCAACAAGUGUCCCGUGGCUCGUAUCUGAGCGACGCUGUUGUCACUUGGGCCAGGAAUGCCAGCCGCAAGUCGUCUACUGCGUCCAGUUCAAGUAGACGAGCAGCUGGCGCUAGCGAGGGCCGUAAACGAUCCAGGAACGGCACGAAUGGCACCAAGGCGCCUCGCAAGAAGCGAAGGUCAUCGACCAAGAGAAAUGUCGAUGAUGACGAUGACGACGAGGAGAGUGAAUUGAGCGACAGCGAGGACGAGGACGGAAUUAGCCGUGCUACGUCCGAGGAAGAGGAGGAGGAGGAGGAGGCGGUCGACGCGGACGGGGAUGCCGUCAUGGGGCGCGGCGGACGGCGUAGUGCCAAGACCAAGGCUAAACGUGCGGUCGCGCGCAAGGGCAAGGGAAGGAGUGCCGCUACUGCCAAGGCGGCGGUGGCAAAGACAGACACCGAGUCUGAACUUAGCGACAUUGGAGACGAGUAGUCGGAGGGCAGCUAGGCCAAGGAGCAGAGGAGCGAGCUGCCGGAGCUAUCUGCCAGAGGGGUGAGGUGCACGUGGGGCUGAAUUAGAGCAUUGUGUGCUUCUGCUGUCUUAGCUGUUAAUGAUGAAUGCCCAGUUGAUGUUUGUGCCUGUUUGCCGGCUGAUAGCCGCGGGCUGGUGUGGCGUGGUGGUGUAUCAGCACAUUCCACGGCAUGUGCCAAGUGUGCAGCUCAAGGUGCAGAGCGGGCAGUGUUUCCGCCAGGAGUCUGUUUAAAUGACGACUGCGGGGUGAGAUGAGGG